AUGGCAUACAAUCAUCAGUCAAAUGAACGCCCUGCUAAGAGUUGCUGUGAGAAGAUGCACGAAGCCAUAUUUGGUAGAUCAAAGAGAAACGAUGUUCACAAUCCUUCGCUGUCAACCAUUAAUGAUAAUGAACCCACUGUGAAACCUUCACCGCAUGUUUCCUCUGUUCCUAGUAAGGUAAAAACGUCUCAAGACUUGGGGAAUUCGUAUUCUAAUAAUGUUGAGGAUGAUGGCUGCUUCAAUGAUAGGGUCUCUGGUUCUGGAUUUGGUACUGGAUUUGGUACUGGUACGGGUACGGGUACUAAUACCAGUACUGGUGGUAGUGGUAGUGGUAGUGGCAGUGGUAUUGGUACUUGUACUCGUGGUAGUGGUAUUGGUACUGGUAUUGGUAUUGGUACCGGUAGCCGUCGGUUGAUUCCUAGACCACGUGUAACCGUCGGUUGA